AUGAUAUUGUCGUCUGGUCCCCUUUACUAUUCCAAUCAUUUAUUUGCCUGCAUAGGCUUAAUCUCAGUUCGAGGUUGUUAUAUCCUCAAGUCGAUUGUAUAAAUUUAAAAAAUUAACAAAUUUCUUUCUGUCUGUUCUUGGUGAGAUUGUGUAGUGAAGUGUCGCAGUUGUCAGUGAAGUGAGGGAAUGAUAAAACAUCAACAUUUCAAUGCAUCCCUAGUAAAUUCAGUGCACGAUGUUUACUGAAAAUUUUAAACGUUCCAUCAGAAAAUUAGCCGAAUUUUGCAGUUUUUGGGCUAAUUGAUUCAUAUCUUUGUUGAAUUAUAAUGGGGAUUUCCAUUCAGCACAACCUUAAUUUUAAUAAUUCACGGAUUCUUAGGUGAAGUUUUGAUCUGUGUUUUGACAGUCCAGCAAUGAAGGCAUUUUUGACUUGUGAUUCGGAAAGAUGGGGGAUUAUAAGUUGUGCAAGUCCUCAUCAACAGCAUUCAGAGUUUUCAAAGAAACUUUUGGUGAACACAACUCAUUCCUGUCAAUCGAAAGACGCUAAUCAUUUCACAAAAUAGUAGGCCUACCUAGCACCUAGCACAAUGUAUAGGUUAGGUUUGUAACUUCAGUGCAGUAGGCUAAGUUAGGCCUAGUGAGACUUUAUCAUGCAAGCCAAAAAACGUUAUUUGUUAGUUUUAUUGUCAUGUGCUUUUCUUGCAUAUUGUUAUUUUGGUGGAUAUAGAUUGAAAAGUGAACACAAUUUAAAAACAGUGGAAAAUGGCAUGCCUGCAUUCAUUGAUGCCUGGAGUGAUCAGUUAUUUACUAGGGAUCUAGAACCAUCACCCCAUGUUAGAAGGACAGGUGGUAACUCUUAUGACCGUAAAAAAGUUAGCAAUAGCAUUAUCAAUCAAAAAUGCCGUAUGGAGACAUGUUUUGAUUACUCUAAGUGUAAUAAUGACUUUAAAGUUUUUGUGUAUCCCACAAGUGAUGAUAUUCAUGGCGGUGAAGUUCCUUUAACCCCGAGUCCUGCCUAUCAAAAGGUUUUAGAUGUAAUUUUAGAAUCACGAUAUUACACUUCUGAUCCUAGUCAAGCAUGUUUAUUUGUUCUCGCUAUCGAUACACUAGAUAGGGACAGUUUGUCAGUUGACUAUGUGAGGAAUGUUCCAUCACGGUUACAGAGGUUAAAACUAUGGAACGGCGGCAAAAAUCAUGUUGUUUUUAAUCUGUACUCUGGGACAUGGCCGGACUACGCUGAAGAUGAUUUGGGCUUUGACACUGGUGAAGCAAUUUUGGCUAAAGCGAGUAUGUCAGUGACAAGUUUUCGGCCUGGAUUUGAUGUUUCAAUUCCUUUAUUUCAUAAGAAUCACCCUGAGCGAGGUGGAGAUCCCGGCUAUGUAACAUCUAUGAACUUCCCUGUCAGCAAGAAGUAUAUGCUGGCAUUCAAGGGGAAGCGCUACGUUCAUGGGAUUGGUUCAGAGACUCGCAACUCACUGUACCACCUUCACAAUGAGCAAGACGUGGUACUGGUUACAACCUGCAGGCAUGGCAAGAGCUGGAAGGAGUUGAAGGAUGAACGGUGUGAUGAGGAUAACGCAGAGUAUGACAGGUAUGACUACGAGCUGCUGUUGCAGAACUCCACAUUCUGUCUGGUGCCGCGAGGACGUCGUCUGGGCUCCUUCAGGUUCCUAGAGGCGCUGCAGGCCGGCUGUGUUCCUGUGCUGCUCUCUAACACCUGGAUCCUACCUUUUCACCAAGUCAUAGACUGGGGCAAAGCUGCCAUCUGGGCGGACGAGAGACUACUGUUACAAGUGCCUGAAAUUGUUAGGUCUAUAUCUGCUACCAAAGUCUUUGCUCUUCGUCAACAAACACAGAUUCUGUGGGAGCAAUAUUUCUCAUCAAUAGAGAAAAUCGUGUUUACCACUCUUGAGAUCAUCAGAGAGCGGUUGCCGCAACAGAAGGUGAGAGACGGAGUUGUGUGGAACAACAGUCCUGGCGCGCUGCUGACUCUUCCUCAGUUCUCUGACUCAUGGCUUGACCUGCCAUUCUAUCAACAGCUGAGGCCGUCUGAAGGCUACACGGCCGUCGUCUACUCUCAACUCAACUCGGCAGUCACACCUGCGUCCUCGCUGCAUCGUUUAGUCAGGAACGUAGCAGCCAGCCAGCACUGUCAGAAGAUCGUUGUAGUUUGGGGAGGAGACAAGCCACCCCCCACCAUGUCCAGGUGGCCUCCCCUCCCUCCCUAUAUCUCCCUCCAUGUCCUCCACGAAGCCUCCGAGCCAGGACUCUCCCACCGCUUCUCCCCCCACCCCCUCCUUGACACUCCGGCUAUCCUGUCGCUGGACGAGGAUGCUCAGCUGUCGACGGACGAGGUGGAUUUUGCCUUUGAGGUGUGGAAGGCUUUCCCGGAGAGAAUUGUUGGUUACCCGGCUCGCUCUCACUAUUGGGAUGACGCCAAGGGCAGCUGGGGUUACACCUCCAAGUGGACCAAUGACUACUCCAUAGUCCUGACUGGGGCAGCGUUCUACCACCGCUACUACAAUCACCUGUACACCGAGUGGCUCAGUCCUCUGUUGCUCAAGACGGUGGAACAGUCGCACAACUGUGAAGAUAUCCUCAUCAACUUUCUAGUCAGCCAUGUGACCCGGCGACCUCCGAUCAAGGUCACUCAGCGCAAGCAGUACAAAGACCAGCCUCCCGGUGUCGGGCCCAGGUCGCCAUGGAAUGAUCCAGAUCAUUUCAUCCAGAGGCAGACAUGUCUCAACACGUUUGCCGCCGUGUUCGGCUAUAUGCCUCUCAUCCGGUCCAACAUGCGGCUGGACCCGGUUCUGUUCAAAGACCCAGUCUCCAACCUGCGCAAGAAGUACCGCAAGAUAGAACUUGUUGGUAGCUAGUAUUGGGCUGUCCCUGCGCUCACGUACUGAAUACAUCACUCCUUCCGUUGAAUUUACUGUCUUUAGAUUUUAAGUUUAAAAUUUACUUUUGAUUUUGACUGAGAUGUCUAAGACUGGUUUAAUAGUAUGUAAAUUUAACCACAUUGUUCUAAAAAAUUUCUGAGUAAGGUAAUUUAUAAUUUGUUUAUUGUUGAUGGUUCAAGUGGUUUUUUUAGGUUGGUCUUAUGAGAGGUGUACGAUCUGGGUAAAAGGUAAUGUAAAAAUACACUUGACAACAAUGCAACUAUAGAACAGCUUAUCCACUACUUAGAGGCAUUUUUUUAGUUUGGCCAGGGCACAAAUUAAUAUAUAAAAUAGGCUACAGUUCUUGAACUAACCACAUUGAAAGGUAAAUUUACACAAAUUAAGGAUUAAUUUUAAUAAUUUAGCCGAUAUGAAAUUCAACUAAUAAUUAUUGAUAAUGAUUUUUUUUUAUUGUGCUGCCAUAAUUUAAAAGAGCAUAAUUCAACACCUUUUAUGUGCGGACUUAACUAUAGUCGGUAGUAACCCAAGAUUAGUUGGAAAGUCUCCACUACGAUAUUCUAUAAAAGCAGCUUUCCAUUAUGAUAAGGUAUAAGCUUUAUUUUCUUCUGUACCAUUUGUCCACCAAGUUACACAGUUUUCAUGUAAUCUUUAAGGUAGAACAUCAGGGUUGUGUUUGUAUAGUUAAAUGUUCGGUAUUUCUUACCUUGUGUAUGCUUCUCUAUUUCACCAAUAGUAUUGUGUUAAAUGUGGUAUUUAUACAUUUCUAAGCUGUAUUUAGCUAUUUUUGAAUCUCACUAACUCAAAUUUUACAUAAAAUAAGAUCCAGGUUAAAUAAAGACUCGGUUAAAACAACCUUAAAUGCAUGUUGGGUCUAGUUAUGUUAUUUUAUUUUAAUUAUUUCCUUAGGUAAUCGAGCAUAUUGUUGAUUUCCAACCCACUGUUCUUAAUUAUUCAAUGUUUUGAAGAAAAACUGCUGAAGCAUUGAUAAGGUAAGAUUUACCACAUGUUCUGUGGCAUAAAAGUCUUGAUUGGAAAUUGCAUUAAGUUCUGAGGACUUAAUUUAAAUGGAAACACAAUUUUUGUCUAUUUAUUUAACUAAUUAUCAUGUUUGGGCUAUGAUUUCCAAAUAUUAGAAGUAGAAAGAUAUUCUAUUAUUCUAAUAGUAAGAUAUAGUAAAUUCUAUAACCAGUUUUGUGUUCAUCUUUUAGUAGGCCCUCAGGAAUUUAGUAAAAUAAUUAAUCUGAGUCUAACCACUUAAGAUGGUGUAACAAAAGUACCUUGUCAGGACAUUUUGUUGCUUAGAGGCGGUACUACACUGCUAAUACACUGGUGCCUUAGUUGUUUUUUGAUGAAUCUCACCUGCAAGCGCUAGUGGCACUCGUCCUGGCUGGUCAGCGGUGAUAGUUGCUGAGUUCUCAAUUCAAUUAAUUUAUUUACGGCAAAAGCCAUUGUACAAUAAAUACCAUUACCUUCGGGAGAUAACAAGCAAUAAUAAAUAUUAAAUACAAUAAGUGAACACAAGAUGCAUACAAAUAAUAAUAAUACUAUAAAUAGAGCGUACAAAAAUAAGUAGCAAGUAGACUCUGAACAAAAAGAAACUAGCAUUACAAGAGGAUAUACAGGUAUCUUGCAAAAGGCAUGAUACUGAAAUGAGAAACAAGAUGCAUACAAAUCAUAAUAACAAGACAUAGUGACAAUAUUAAUAAAUAGUGCAUACAAUAGCACUAUUGCAGUGAGUUGAAUGAAUCACUGCACUGGCGAAUGUAGCUCUAAAGUCCUUCUGAAUUUGUUUGAUUACCUUACAUGUACAAUCCACAUUAGGCUUACUAAUGUGUGGCUUAGCCGGCGGGGCCGCAGCUUUAAUAAAAAUAAUAACUUUAAAAAAAAUUACAUUGCUAAAGAAAUUAUUUCAAAAUGCCCGUAUCAAUGGGUUAACACUCAGUAAAAUGAAUUGACAAUGUUAUCAAAUGAAAAUGCAACAAUAAUUUUACAAAAGCUGAAUUUAUAAUGCAUUGAUUAUAGACUAACAACAACAACGCUAAAAGAUGAACAUGGAGUUUAAAUGGAAAAGGUAUGAAUUUUGAUUAAUUUUACCCUUAAAAAAUAUAACUAUUUUGUAAGUUUUGAUGUUUUCUUUUUCAAAUGCGCUUUACUCAAAAUGGGUUUAGCCUACUCUCCUGGUUGAUUAACCUUAUAACAACAAAAAAUUAAAUCUCAAGUUACCCAUCUACACUGUUUAGUGUGCCAUUAUUAUUUUUAGUAAUAAUGAUCUUCAUUUAAAUAAUUUAGUUUUAGUAUUAAGAUUUAGUAAUAUACAAUAAAUUGUAAAAGGUGCUAAUUUAAUUAAUAUUAUCUCAAUUGAAUUAAAUUGUCAUAAAACAAAAAAAUGUAUGUAGUCAAAUAAUCAUACUAAUGUUAUAUCUUUACUAUUAUAAGUUUUGUUCAAAAUACCUAUGGUUUAAUAUUGUUAGUAAUAACAUCGCCAAAUACUUGCAAAGAGAGUAUAUAGUGCGCAGGUUUGUUGUGUAUCAUCAUUUUUUAAUUUGUGAUGAGGAAAGCGAAAAGGGACCUCUUGUCGGCGAUGCCAAAUUUUCAGUACGGCCGAUAUAAGUAAUUAAUAAUUAUUAAUUAAGGUUGAAAAUAUUGAAAUUUGGAUUUUUAUCGAUUGUUUUACCUCAUUUAACACAGAACAGGACGGUACAUCUACAUACUAUCGUUACGCUGGUGGCCAUUCUAGGCGUCACAUCGAACGAGCGUAUUACGAUCGUUGGCCACUGCUAUUGCCUCCAAAGAGGACAAUUAUAAGCUUUAUUUUAAUACCAAAAUCGUUUCUUAAAUUUAAAAAAAAAAACUGUUUUCCUACAGUCACCCGACAAAGUUGGCUUCCUUGUACUGUUUGUAGUACAGAAAGCUGCUAAU